AGAAACAGUUCAGAGGAAAAACAUUCUCAUCCUGGUCAGAGCCGCUCUGCUCUCUCGUCUCUCUUUCAUAACUCUGUUGAAGGUUGUGUGGAGUCGAGUGGGAGAUGGGAUGUGGAAACUCGUCGCCGACCAUCAGCACAAACAGCAGCUCUGCAGGUCGUGCUGAGUUCCCAUCAAAGCUAUCAGACGAGGCGGCGGCAGAAGACGACAAACGAAAGAACUACGGAGGCGUGUACGUGGGUUUACCCGCAGACCUGAGCAACAUCCCUCAAGUCCAGAUCGGAUCGCUGAGAGAGGCCGACAGAGACUCCCCGUCCCUGAGGAGGCCACUGUGGGGGGAUGGACUGUGACGGUAAUGAACACCCAGGCUUGUGUCAGCUCGUGAGUGUCGACCUCCUCCAGCGUUUCUUCAUUAAUGAA